GUCCCCUUCUCCUCCCGGAGCGGCACAGGGGGAGGAUUUGGAUCUCAUUCCCCUAUUAGGAGAGGAGGGUUCAGUCCUGGCGCCUGAGCGACACAGUCUGCGCUGCAACCGCGACCUGCUCCCUCCGCGGUCCGUUCUGCCUUCCCGGUCCCGUUCUGCCACAACGGCUGGUCCGGUUCCUCCGCUCCCAGAGGGCUUGUAGCCUUUCCUGGGCCGGUUCCGAUCCCUGCACCUGGCUCCCUUGGAUUCUCAUCCCAUUAUACUUGGAUUCCUGCAUGGAUCUCUUCCCCUAGCCUGGACUGCAUGGGAAUACCUGCUCCUUCUCCUCCAGGUGAAGAUGACGGUCUGGUUGCUGAUUGGCUUCCUUCUCCCAGUGGCAAUAUUCGCGGCUCCUCCCAUCAACCGCUUGGCGCUGUUCCCAGAUAAGAGUGCCUGGUGCGAAGCCAAGAACAUCACUCAGAUUGUGGGGCACAGCGGCUGCGAGUCCAAAUCCAUCCAGAACAGGGCCUGCCUGGGACAGUGCUUCAGUUACAGUGUCCCCAAUACGUUCCCUCAGUCUACAGAGUCGUUAGUGCACUGUGACUCCUGCAUGCCCAUCGAUUCCGUGUGGGACGUGGUGACGCUGGAGUGCCCGGGCAAUGAGGAGUUCCCGCGGGUGGACAAACUGGUGGAGAAGAUCCUGCAGUGCAGCUGCCAGGCCUGCGGGAAGGAGCUGAGCCAGGAGGGGGCGAUGUUCAACGUGUACCUGAACACCGCCGAGGAGACCCUCUCGCCCGCCGAGACCCUGGGGCACCAUCACCAUCGCCCCCCCGCGCGGGAAGAGGAUUCGCCAGCCCAGUCGCAACGGGAAGGGGAGAGCGAAGAGUGACAGCUCCAUGGACAAGUCUGAUUGGCUUAAAGGCACAGAUCCCUCCCCCAGGGUCCCAACUUGCUUCUGACAAUCUGCCCCCCUGCCCCCGGGGGUAAAUACGGGGUUCCCCACAACUCACAUGAUGGAAUUGGAUGGCGCCAUUGCCAUGUAAACACAAUUGGUGCAUUGUAGAAUAGGGCGGCGCAAUGUGGCCCCUGCCCAUAGCUCUCCUGUUUGCUACACGCAGUCAUUCAUGUAUAAAGUGACUCUCCUAUCACUCAUAGCACCCACUGUCUCCCAUACUGUGUCUGAUUGGGGAAGGACACGGCACAAACUGUGUGUAGUAGUGCAAACGUGGCACCUACGGGUGAGACCACUGGGAACGGCCACUAGACGGUGAAUCUGGAGGUUCUGACCCAUUUACAGACAUUAAGAAGAUUCUCGCCUUUCAGCCAAUGACAUUCGGCUUUGCUGUUCUGUUCCUGGGCCCGGGGCACCCAUGGUCCAACCAAUAACAAUGUUAUUACCACUGCUGCCUACGUAUAUUAUAGGCAUGGGGGGUGCCCCAAUUAUAAGGGGGCCCCAUCUCCCUAAAGCUUUCAGUAGUCCCCCCCUCAUUGUGCUUUAACAUAAGGAGAGAACCCGUUGGCGGCACCGCUCUGUGACUGGGGGGGGGGUCGGGGGGGGGGCGCUAAUGUUUGUGCACCACUUGUGUCUCAUUUACACUCAGUCUAAAAGGAAAUUAUAGCGAAUCUAUAACUGC